CCCCGCGUCACACACAGUCGCAGCACAGUGUCUAAGACAAUAUAUUAUUCUUAUCAUUGUUAUUAAUGUUGCACCGUGGGGGCCGUGCCCCGCCUCUGAGGGCAAGCGGUCCCUCCACCGCUAUAUACAUCCGCUCACUCGUUGCGCCUGCCCUCUCAAACAAUAUAUGACUGUGGCUGCACCUCUCCAGUGACAGCAUUUCGAGCAAACAAACACCAUCACUUUGUCUUUUUGUCUUCCCCUGCUUCCCUACCAAGUCAGCAUGGACCCCUCCUCCUUCUCGCCGGCACAAUGGUGCCAGGCCUUCUUCUUCGCCGUCGGCCUGUUCAUAGUCAGCAUCCACCUGGCCGGGCCCCUGUCGCUCAAGAUCAACUGGCUCGGCUACGGCCCGCGCACCCUGGGCGCCGGCGGCGGCGGCGCCCGCAAGCAGCCGGCCACCGCCGUCGCCAUCGCCGUCCCAUCGCGCGUUUCCGUGCCCCACUCCUGGUUCAUCUCCUUCUACUACACGUCUGUCUUGCUCUCCGCCUUCUGGGCGCACCAGCUCUCGACGCGGGGCGCCAUCGCCAUGCGCCUCGUCCGCUGGCAGGCCGCGGCCGGCGGGCCGUCCAUGACGGUCACCCAGGUCGCGCUGCUGUGGGCCAUGAUGCUGUUCCAGGGCCUGAGGAGGCUGCUUGAGUGCGUGCUGGUGAUGAAGCUCUCGGCAAAGUCCACCAUGUGGGUUAUGUAUUGGGUUGCUGCCGAGGGCUUUUAUCUGUGCAUGAGCAUUUCCGUGUGGAUCGAGGGAUCAGGUGCCAUCCUCGAGACGCCGGAUCCGGUCGCUGCUUUGGAUCCGCUAUCUAUCGCCAACGCGAGGACGGCCAUCGCCCUGGUUUUCUUUCUUUCCGGUGCGCUCUUGCAGAACCAAAGCCACCGCCAUCUGGCCAGCCUUGAGAAGUACUCGCUGCCCAGCGCAGGCAUGUUCAAGUACAUCAUCUGCCCGCACUACACGGCCGAGUGUCUGGUGUACCUAGGCCUCGCGCUGGCCGCGGCACCGGAAGGUCGAGUCUUGAACACGACGCUCCUCGCCGCCCUGCUCUUCACGUUCACGAACCUCGCCAUAUCAGCCAAGACGACUCGGGACUGGUACAGCGAGAAGUUCGGCGCCGAUAAAGUGGCCAAGAAGUGGAACAUCUUGCCCUUUGUCUUUUGAAGCAUCGGGCAAAGCAGGGGCGAUGGGUGCAAGAGGCCAAUCUUGCGUGGAGUCGUCCCUUGGAUGGCGUUUGCGAACAGGGGUGGCUGUUUCGACGAUUUGCAAGCGCGUCACUUUCUUCCGCAGCCGGCGUGCUGAGAGGGUCUGGACAGGACAAGGAGCACA